AUGCCGACCAUUGAAUUGAAAAUGAAUCCCAAAACCAGUAAAAGUGAUAAAACUCUGAAGACUAAUGUCUUGAAUGAAUACGUGUUGCUCGAGAUCUUCUCAUACCUGGAGUUUCAUGAGUUGAUACCUCUGGAGAGAGUCUCACAACAGUUCCAGUUUUGCGCAAACAUUCGGUUCCGACAACAGAAGACAUUAGCACUCAAUUCAACGCAAACAGUCAUUUGGAAGUAUCCGAAGAACGAUAGGAUUCCCAAUUCAUAUUCAUUUCCCACACGUUUUCUUGUGAUGCAUUCAAAUGAAAAGCUGUGUCUUAUCGGUAGUAAAGCGCGGAUCUUAUGGUUGGCCCAGAAGUUGCCAAACCUUGAAUUUGUGACAAUCAGACACUUCGAAACCAAUUAUCAGAAUUUCAAUGAUAUUCUCGAAGCGUUUAAAUCAAUCAAAUCGUUGUGUUUAUGCGGUUUCGAUGACUUCACAGACCAAGAGAUGAGACAAUUGGGACAACUCUUGUCGGAUAGAAUCACACAAUUUAUGGCCAUUUGUUGCAAACAAUCCAAAAAUGUGAUUCAAUUGAUCCGUGAAUUGAAAGGACUCACAAAAUUAUCAAUAGGUCUCACAGAAAGUCAACACAUCUUAGAGUUAUUCAAAUGUUUGCCCAAACCUAUUAAAUCCUUAGAAGUAUCGGUCGAUUCAGAUAUUGUUAUCGAUAUGGAAUUAAUGGCACAAUUGUUGGCAACAAAUGCCCGACAUUUGGAGUAUUUUUUCACUAAUUUUCGUUUUGAAGUAACGGCUGAAGCACUGGAACUCAUUAUCGAUGGCAUGUCUUUGAAAGCAUUCGGAUAUUUUUUUAACGGAGCGACAAAUGAAUGGCAUUGCCUGCAAAGUAUGGCACAAAAACAGUCAAAUCUCGUAUUUUUGAAACUAAUUUGUCCGCUAUUUAUCGACAAUGAGAUCAAUGGACACUCGAAUUCAUUCCUCAAAGUGAAGACGCUGUGUCUCAUUCCAGACCAGUUGACUGAAUACCAAUUCGAGUCUCUCCUCAAAAAUUUGAGCAAAAUAUCACAUGUUUUACUGUUAUGUCAAUCGAUUCAUGAGAUGAAGAACUUAUCAUCCAUUGAACUAAAGGAUGGCUCCGAAAACGAUUGCAAACAAUUCAUCAGUGAUUUCAUUGUUUGGACGGAAAGAGAUCCCAAAAAGAUGUUCACAAUCUCUCAGUCGGACACCAAAUGCCAAGAAAUUUGA